UUGGCGACUGGCAGGGCCGCCUGGGUGCCGCGGCACUGCGGUCCUGGAAUCUUGACCCGAACUCUGCUCAAUGCAGGUGUUAGAGUGGUAGCUCUAGAAAGUAACUCAGCUUUUCUUCCAAACUUACAGUCCUUAGAGAAUAGCCUGGAUGGACAAUUAAAGGUAAUUUAUGGUGACUUCUUCAGACUGGAUCCUUUGGCGACUGGAACGGUGAAACCACCUGCUAUGUGUUCUGACAAACUUUUUGAAACCAUGGGUGUAGCAGCAGUUCCUUGGAGGGCAGAUGUACCUGUGAAAAUUUUUGGAAUCUUACCACAAAAAAAGGAAAGGAACACACUCUGGAGGCUUCUUUUUGCCCUGUAUGAAUGCAGUUCCAUAUACAGAUACGGAAGAGCAGAACUCAACAUCUUUAUAAGCGAAAAAGAGUACCAGGUAUUAACAGCAAAGCCUGGGGAAGCGAGGGCUUACCAAGCACUUAGUGUACUUUGGCAAGUAGGAUGUGAAAUUCAGCUACUGCACACGGAACCUUGGUCAUCAUUUGUAACUAAUUUGAAAAAUGGGGGACUGGCGGUACCAAAAAGCACGUGGCUGCCAAAUGACCAUUUAUGUUUGGUACGACUGACUCCUCAGCAAAAUCUGUUUACAGGAGGCUUGAAGCCCACAAAUUCAGCUACCUUUAUUUUCAUGGUGAAACAGUGUCUUGCUAAACCCAAGUCUAGACUUACUGAUAGAUUAAAUUCAUGGAGCUUGGACAGUGGUGGCAAAUUACUGAGAGAGCUAGAAAUUCCAAAAAAUGCUGAAGCACGUAAGUUAUACCCAGAAGACUAUAGGCGUCUUUUUGAGGCUUUGCAAAACUCUAAUAUGUUUACUGAAACCUGGUUCCAUGAUGAAGUCUUGGAAAGUAUAAGGAACAUAAACUUAUAAAUCUAAAGCUGCUGUCUUUUGGAAGAUCACCUUUGCUUCUGGAAGAUUACUUUGUUAAGAAAUGAUUUAAAUAAAAUCGGAAAUACUGUUAGCUAGAUGAUUUCUUGUCCAAACAGGAAAAUAAAUUUAGCAAGUAACAAGAGCCCUUCUACACAGGAUGAAAGUAACGGAUUCACAGUUAUUUGAUCGCAAUCCUAUCUAGAAUGGACAAACGUUGCAUCUUUUCCAGGAGCAUAUUAGUGACCUGCUGCUUUUGGAUGUACCACUUAAACGGAACUUUUUGUUACACUCUGUAUAUUUACAACAUUUGAAAAAAAUAACAGACCAAAUAUCGUUAUUUGUGUGGUUUGUAUUUUAGUGCUCAGUGAUUUGAAUGCCCUUUCACAGAUUCCCAAAAUACAUAGGUCUUCACAACCACUGAA